GUUUAAAAAUUUAAUAUUGGCAUGCUUUAUUCCUCUUGCCUCCACUUUAUACCUUUUAGUUUUUGUUUUUUUUUUUUCCAAUCUUAAAAAUUCUUAUUUCGUAUGGUACUGAGAUUCAUAUAUCUUAUUAGUUUGAAUAUUGGGUCUGAUUUUUUUAAUUAAAUUAUGUAAAAAAUUUGAGGUGGUUAUUGAUUUUCAUCUAGAAUAUUUAGACUAACCACUCAUAAACUUACAAGGACAACUUUUUUUUAUGUCUAAAUCGUUGUUCUCAGCAUUUGCUAUUGUAUUUGUACACAGAGUGGCUUAUCAAUUCAUGGGAUCCUCGUGUCUUCAUUUUUUGUUUUUGAAAAAUGAACAGCAAGUUGUAAUUGUUUCUGUUUAUUUGAUCCAUUGGAGUUUCAGACUACAUAGAAACAUAAAGGGAUAUUAAUUUAUGAUUCCUACGUGGAAGGAGACAUUCCCUUUCGAUUUGAUAUAAAGAUUCACAAUCCCAUGUUGUGGUCUCUUUUGUGUCACUCCCAGACAAUUUCAUACAUCAAGCACAUUCAGAGAUGGGAGAUGGCACCCCAAAAUAUUCAGUGGAUGAGGCACUUUUAUCGCUUGGGUUUGGGAAAUUCCAAGGCCUCAUGCUUGCUUAUGCUGGAAUGGCGUAUGUAGCAGAGGCCAUGGAAGUGAUGCUUCUCUCUUUUGUAGGACCAGCAGUCCAGUUAGAGUGGAACCUUUCUUCUCGUGAAGAAAGCAUGAUCACGAGUGUGGUUUUUGUUGGCAUGCUAUUUGGGGCAUACACUUGGGGCAUUGUAUCUGAUACCUAUGGACGAAGGGUGGGAUUUUUUACUACGGCGCUAGUUACAGGUGGGGCUGGUCUUUUAAGUUCAUUUUCCCCGAAUUAUGUCUCACUGAUUAUUAUUCGCUGUGUGGUUGGAGUUGGAUUGGGAGGUGGUCCAGUGCUUUCAUCAUGGUUUUUGGAGUUUAUUCCUGCACCAAACAGGGGCACCUGGAUGGUUGUCUUUUCAGUCUUCUGGACCCUUGGCACAAUAUUGGAAGCGUCUCUUGCAUGGGCUGUCAUGCCGAUAUUGGGCUGGAGGUGGCUUCUUGCAUUGUCUUCAAUACCUUCAUUUGUUCUCCUCUUAUUUUACACACUUGUACCAGAAUCCCCAAGAUUUCUUUGUCUCAAUGGAAGAACAAAUGACUCACUUCAAGUCUUAGAGAAAAUUUCUCGAAUUAAUGAAAAGCCACUGCCACAUGGCACACUUAUAUCCGAUGAUCUUGAUGAGAAAUGCUUGCUAAUGGAAGACUCACACUUUCUCCCUGCCACGAGACCAGAGACCAGAGUCACAAAGCAAAUAGUGGAUAAAAUGGGGGCCUUUGCUUCCUUUUUUAUGCUUUUCUCACCAAAAUUAAUCAAAUCGACAGUCUUGCUUUGGCUGGUCUUCUUUGGAAAUGCAUUUUCCUAUUAUGGCCUCAUUUUGUUAACGUCUGAGUUAAGCAAUGGGAACAGGGCAUGUACAUCUACAAAAUUGCAAUCAAAGGUCAUUGCACAUGUUAAUCUUUACAAGAAUGUUCUUAUUACAAGUUGUGCAGAGAUUCCAGGGCUUUUGUUAUCGGCGGUGAUGGUGGACUGUGUCGGCCGCAAGUUUUCCAUGUCUGCCUUGUUUUUCUUGUGUUGCAUUUUUCUUCUACCUUUAGUAGUCUCACAGCCUGAUACAUUGACCACAAUUCUUCUCUUUGGGGCUCGCAUAUGCAUUACUGGAACUUUUACAAUUGUGUAUAUCUAUGCUCCAGAGGUAUACCCAACCUCAAUAAGGACAACAGGUUUUGGAACCGCGAGCUCGGUGGGAAGAAUUGGAGGGAUGGUGUGUCCAGUGGUUGCAGUUGGUUUGGUGCAUAGUUGCCAACAAACAUUUGCGGUCAUUUUGUUCGAAGUUGUGAUAUUUCUCUCAGGUAUUGCUGUAAUAUUUUUCCCUCUAGAAACCAAAGGCCGUCCUUUGAGAGACACUCUGUCAACUUGAAAGAAACUAAAAUUGUAUCAAAAUUGUGUAAUUUAAGUUAUUUUGUUUCUGUAAUUUACAAUACAAGUGAAACAAGUUACUAAACGUGUGUAAUUUACUACAGCGUGCUUUUUUAAACAUGUUAACAAACGUAGUGAAAAGAAGUUUACAGAAGUUUUUCCUGCAAAA